AUGGAGAAGUAUGCAAAUAAAGAGCUCUUUUCCAGAUUGCUUCUUUUAGAUGGGCCCAGUCUUCCGGAAAAAUUAUCGUUUAGACCUCUGCAGAGAAAUGAUUGGUCACGAGAAUUUAAUACCUUACUAAACAGCCUUUCCGAGGAAACUUUUGAGUUGAGCAAACAAGAUUUCGAGGAACGAUUUGAUCUUAUGCAAUCCGCAUCCCCUGAAUGUUAUUUUAUUGUUGUUAUUGAAAAUACUAUAACAAAAGAAAUUAUCGCUUGUGGGACAGUAUUUAUAGAAUAUAAAUUUUUAAAAUCUACAUCCAAGGCUGCUCAUAUUGAAGAUGUUGUUGUUGCCAAAUCUUAUCGAGGAAAAAAUCUUGGAAAAUUAUUAAUUGAAAUGCUUUCUAGGAUUGCAAGAUCAAAAAAAUGCUAUAAAAUUGUGCUUGACUGUAAAGAACAUAAUGUUGAAUUUUAUAAGAAGUGUAAUUUUAGCGUUACUGGUGUUGAAAUGAAACAAUAUAUUUAACAAAUAAAUGGCU